UUACUCUUCUCUGCAUCACACAAAAACUUAUCAAUCAGAAAAAAAAUAUGGGUGACCUUCACUCAAUUGCUUACAAUAGCUUCUCUUCCCUAGGUUGUGACUUCCAUGGCCUUGAAGUUUUCAACAAUGACAUGUCUUCAUUUAUGGAGAGCACUCCUCCAUUUUUGUCAAAUGUUGAUUGUGACUUAUCAAGUGGAUAUCUACAAGAUGCUUUAUUCAAAUUCAACUCGAAAAGAAGGCGUUUAUUAUUGUUUAAUGAUGAUGAUGACAAGGAGAAUUAUCAAAAUGAAGAUUCAAAUAAUUCCAUUAAGAAUUUGUGGAGCUCCACAAUUGACCAACAAUUUUCUGAGGAUUAUGAUUCUUUUAGCCAGAUAACCAAGUGUGAUAGCUUUUCUGGGGAUCCAAUGAGCAAAAUGAGUGAAGAAUAUUCCAAAAGAACAGAGGAGGAAGCAAUCUCAGAAAAUUAUUAUUAUUCUUCUAAUUCUUCACCAACAUCAUCAUCUCAUCAUAAUAAACAACCUCUACAAUAUGGAGGAGGUGAUCAAAAGAGAAGCAAGAAAAGGAUGUGUGGAAAAAUUGUGUAUCCAUUUGGGCUAGUGAAGCCCGGAGGGCUAGAGGGAGACGUGACGUUAAAUGACAUUAACGAGAGGAUUCUAAUGAGGCCGACCCGACCCGUAAGGCAUCCGGUGGGGGACUUUGCAUGUCGUCCGACCGUCUGUCCUGCCGGACCAGGAUUGUCCGGCAAGACGGUGGUCGCACUCACUAAAAUUCAUACUCAAGGGAGAGGGACAAUCACAAUUAUAAGGACUCGAGGGUGAUUGAGGACAAGUUAGAGAGGACGUACCUAGGUAGCUAGUGUUGGCUUAUCAUCUAUUUGUUAAAUUUUCAAGGUACGUAGGAUCAGAUAGGAAGGUAAAAUUAAAAGAGAAUAUGUAAUUUUAUAUUUUAUCUUUUGCUCAUUUGAUGAAAUAGGCUUGUAAAUAGAGAAAAAAUAUUGUCGUCAAUAUAUCUUUGACAACGUUUCAGAUGAAAAGACCUAGCUCGUUUAGCCCUUGUUGA